UUACUCUCUCUCUCUCUCUUAAUCAUCAUCAACUAAAGCUUGCAGUUACAACUUAUAAUCUCUUGAUUGCACAUGGAGCUCUUCACCAAGGCCAAGGCAGUGAAACUCCGCAGCCAUCUCGACAAGUAUCUAGUCGCCGACGACGAUCAAGAAACGGUGCGUCAAAGUAGAAACGGGUCAGUAAAGAGAGCUAUAUGGUUAGUCGAGUUAGUUGAAAACAGAGACGACGUCGUUCGUUUCAAAAGUUGCUAUGGUAAGUACUUAACCGCCUCUGAUCUUCCCUUUCUUCUGGGCAUGACGGGUAAAAAGGCAAUCCAAACAGUACCGGAGAACAACAUGGACUGGAAAAUUGAUUGGGAGCCAAUAAGGGACGGGUUUCAAGUGAAGCUCAAGUCAUGGUGUGGGAAAUUUUUACGUGGAAACGGAGGAACGCCGCCGUGGAGAAACUCGGUCACUCAUGACGAACCGUAUUCUGGUUCAACAAAGAACUGGAUUUUGUGGGAUGUGCAGGAGGUGGAAGUACCGGAAACGGGGUCGUUGAAGGAGUAUUGGUCGUCAGUGUCGAGUUUCUCUUCGGUUUCCGAUGAGGUUUUGGAGGUUUUUUCCGAUGAUUUUUUGGGUUCAGGGCCACAAUCCCCCAUGUCAGUCGUGUCACCUAAUUUGAAGUCUUCCAGAUUCUCAAUUUUUCCGACUCAGUCGCUCAAAAUUUUAUCAAAAAAGCAGUCAAUCUCUGAAUCUAACCACCACCGAAGUGGGAUGGACUACUUUAACAACGCCAAGGCGGUGCGUCUCCGUAGCCACCACGACAAGUUUCUUGUUGCCGAGGAAGACGAAGAAUCGGUUACUCAAGAUCGUAACGGAUCCUCCAAGAGUGCCAGGUGGACUGUUGAGCUUGUUCCUGGAACGCAGAACAUAAUUCGUCUUAAAAGCUGUCAUGGAAAAUAUCUCACCGCCUCCAACCAGCCGUUUUUGCUGGGUAUGACGGGUCGGAAAGUGGUUCAGUCUCUGCCCAGAAAGCUUGACUCUUCUGUUGAAUGGGAACCCGUCAGAGAAGCGAACCAAGUGAAGCUCAAGACGCGUUACGGUCAUUUUUUGAGAGCCAAUGGGGGCUUGCCGCCUUGGAGAAACUCUGUCACUCAUGAUAUUCCUCAUAGAACAGCAACUCAAGAUUGGGUAUUGUGGGAUGUUCAUGUGGUUGAGAUUUUGGUUCAGUCUCAUCAAGAAGCUCCAGCUCCACCACCCGUUCCUCAUUCGGAUUCUUUAGAUUUUGGGUCAAAUUCACCUUCUUCCGUUAUUACCAAACCUGGGAACUUUUCAAGACAAGAGUCAAACGAUUCGCAUGUGGGUUCGCCACCAAAGUCUGAGGGAAGGACUAUAUACUACCACGUGGCUGAGGAGAGCGGAGAGGUUGAUGAUGUUGGAACGGAGGGUUAUUCUUUAAGCUUUAAGGGAACAGGAGUUGAAGAAUUGACUCAAAAAUUGAAGGAAGAUCUAGGUAUUGAGGACAUCGUUGUGUGUACUCGAAGUCCUUUGAAUGGAAAGCUUUUUCCCCUGCGGCUCCAACUUCCUCCAAACAAUGCUGAUAUGCAUGUUGUUGUUGUUCUAUUAUCUUCAAAAGGGGCCAGAGAAUUUGCAAGACAGGGGAUCCAAUCAUAAGAUGCAUUGUUUGGACAUCAUAGGUUGUAUGCAAUAUGUAUUCACAACCUUCAUGUUCUGUACAUACCAAUUCAGCCAUAUCAAUAUGCUAGUUGAAAGCAUUCAAGGAGUCAGUAAAAAUGGGAGUUGCUUUUGGCUAUUGUGAGACACAGCAGGAAUGGUCUAGCACUGGGAAACAUAAGAAAAUGAGAUGCCCUUGUAGCAGCCAAGGGUCACAAUUUUAUUCAGCUUGGAAGAGUUAUUGAAAUUUAAAUUCCUUUGUUGGUUCACUGAUCAAUUUUGUUUUAGCUCAACUUUUUUAUUAUACAAAAAAAAAAAAAGUAUGGUUUGCCGCUUGGAACCUCCAGGUGCUUGCUGUCUUGUAAACACUAUACUUAUAAAAUCAUAAAUUUAUUUUGUUGGCUUGAAA